AUGAGUUUGCCCACAGAGUGUGAUGUGCUUGUCGUUGGCAGCGGCAAUGCUGGCUUCGCUGCAGCUCUUUCAGCCUCUCAAUCAGGAGCAAAGAGGAUCUUACUGAUCGACAAGUGUCCCAAAUCAUGGGCGGGCGGGAAUUCCUACUUUACUGCUGGAGCAUACCGAACCGUUCACCAUGGCUUAAACGACCUCUUGCCUAUUGUAAACAAUGUGGACACCAAGUUAGCAGGGAAGAUCGAUCUUGACCCCUACACGGAGAAGGACUUUUCUGAUGAUAUGUAUCGUAUCUGUGGAGGGAGAUCGGAUCCCGAACUUUCCAGAGCUUUGAUUAAAGAUUCCAACUCAGCCGUUAAGUGGCUAGCUCAGAAUGGGAUCCGGCUCCAGCUCUCCUUCAAUCGACAAGCAUAUGAGGUCAACGGCCGCUUCAAGUUCUGGGGGGGUCUCCAUCUCAAAACCCAGGACGGAGGUAAAGGUCUGAUCGAAGACUACCUCAAGAUUGCACAAAGACAAAAGAUUGCGCUCGCCUUCAACACAGCACUUACUGGUUUAUCGCCAGACGCCAGUGGCCAGGUCAACGUAACCGUUCACCGGAACCGGAAGGAGCACACCAUCAAGGCUGGGGCUGUGAUUCUCGCUGCGGGAGGCUUCGAAGCGAGCCCACGCCUACGGUGCCAGUACCUGGGUCCUGGCUGGGAUAUGGCCCUCGUGCGUGGAACGCCUUUCAACACUGGCGACUGUCUGGAAAUAGCCAUGCGAGACGUCUCUGCGCUUGCAGCUGGAAACUGGAGCGGGUGCCACUCGGUCGCCUGGGAUGCGAAUGCGGACCCCAACAGUGGGGACCGACUGGCAUCAAAUGAGUAUACCAAGUCUGGAUAUCCUCUAGGUGUCAUGAUUAACGCGCAAGGGAAGCGUUUUGUGGACGAAGGAGUCGAUCUCCGGAACUAUACUUACGCUAUAUUCGGGCGUGCAAUUCUCGCCCAGCCCGAGAGUGUGGCGUUCCAAGUAUGGGACUCUCGCACAAGUCCUUGGUUGAGAACGGAGGAAUACCGAGAGGAGCGCGUCGAGAGAAUUACCGCCGAUACCAUCGAGGAGCUAGCCAGUAAAUGUGUUCAACGAGGACUCCGCAACCGCGAGAACUUCAUCAGCACCUUGCGCGAGUACAACGACGCUGUCUAUGCUCAUCGGAAAGAGCAUCCUGGAGCCACCUGGAACCCGGCCAUCAAGGACGGGCUAUCAACACAGUCUUCCACCAAAAAACUGUCGCUGGCUAAGUCGAAUUGGGCGCUCCCAAUUGACCAGGGUCCAUUCCUUGCUGUCAAGGUCUCAUGUGGAGUGACCUUUACGUUCGGCGGGCUAUCUGUGGACCCGGAGACGGCGCAAUUGAAGAGUGCAGUGACGCGUGAGGGCAUACCGGGAGUGUAUUGCAUUGGAGAAAUGCUUGGAGGGCUGUUCUACUCGAACUACCCCGGUGGCAGUGGCCUCACCUCAGGUGCAGUGUUUGGCCGCCGAGCAGGCAAAGCAGCUGCUCAAUGGGCUACAAGAUCGUAUCAACAGAAUGGACAGUUGGCAAAGCUGUGA